AUGAGCACAACUCUGCUUGAGCUUCAGGCAGAGCUGCUCAGCACGAGCUCGCAAGAUCUUUACUCUUCAGCAACGACAACAACAACAAAUUUCCUGCUUCCCUUGGGAGCAGCAGCACCGACAAUGUCUUUUGAGACGAGCUUCCGCCCGUCCAGCAAGGCGGUCGGUGCCUCGUCCAUGCCCAACCUCCCGGCCAUGUUCAUCUGCUUCAUGCUCUUCCUGCAGACCUACCUUGCGCUCGCCAACCCUGCCGCCGCAGCUGCCGCCUCGGCGCUGUUCCCGGGGUACAAGACUCCCUCGCGCAAUGGCAACAAGAACAACAACAACGACAACAACAACGACAAUAACGAAUACAUCAAGCUCAACGACAACUACGACAUGAUCAUCCCACGACAACAACGGCAACAAUCUGUUGGCUCGACCUGCGACGGCUCCGAGGGGCAGUGGAACUGCAUGACAACCUCGUGGCAAAGAUGCGCGGCGGGCCGGUGGAGCGUCGUCGUCGACACGGCCGACGGGACGACCUGUCACCCAGACGGCUUGACUUGGGACUUUGCCGUCCAGGACCGGAGGGGGCAAGGUGGUGGGGAUGGAGGGGGACGCGCCACCAGCAGUGCGUUUCCGGGUACCGGAUGGGGAUUCAAGGGUGGUAUCGGCGGUGGAGGAGGUGGCGGUGGUGGGAAGUAUUCACUAGGUGAAUGGAGCCUGGUCAUCUUCGGAGGACUAGGGCUCGCAGUGGGCGGUUGGGUCUAG